AUGGAUCCCUUUAGAAAUAAUCCUUUUGGUUUCAGACCUCCAGCACCACCACCAACUGCAUCACAACCACCACCACCAACAACAGCAACAGCAACAGCAACAGUAACAGCAACAGCAACAAGUAUAUCCCCACCAGGAGUUUAUGGACAACCAAGAGGACCAACAGCAAAUGUCUCUGCUGUAAGACCGCCUCCUUUUAUAGGUUCACCUCAAACUGGAAGCGCUUCACCUGUUAAUACAACUUCACCUGAUAAUGAGAAAUUAAAUACUUUAUUUGUUGGCGCCAUUGCAGCUGGAAUAACUGAUGAAUGGCUUGAAACAUUAUUAAAAACUUGUGGUAAUUUACUUCAUUGGAAACGUACAAAGGAUCCCUCUGGAAAUCCUAAAGGGUUUGGAUUUGCUACCUAUGCUGAUCCUGAUAGUGUAUUAUGUGCAUUACGUGUUUUAGGUGGAGAGACAACGAAUGGAGUUGUAUUAAAAGCACAGGAUGGAAGUGGUAUAGAAAAGAAAUUGAUCGUGAAAGCAGAUGAUAACGUACACAAGCAUCUAGAAGGACAUCAACAACAACACCAAUCAAGUCAAGAUCAAGAACAGUUAAAAGUAGCGGAUCAAGAGAAAUAUGCGAUUGUACAGAAAUAUGUACAAGCCAUUACGAUGGGACAAGAUGCUAAUGUAAAUAAUGUAGACGUUAUUCAUAGAGAAUCAGCCUAUUCAAAGGAUCGUAAUUCACAAAGGGAGCAACGAACACAUGAUAGUCAUAACCAAGAAAGAUAUGGAGAACGUCGAGAAUCAAAUGAAAGAAGUUCAAGAAGAGAGUAUGGAUUUGUCAAGGGACCUACAGAAUAUUAUAGUCAUUCAGUACAACAAGAUUUAGUCACAGACGAAGAAAUAGAACGUAAGAGACGUGAAAAGCAUGAGCGUGAUGUAGAAAACGCCUAUCGUCAACGAGAGAAGCGAUUUGAAGCACGAGAAUAUGAUAAAUUAUAUGAAUAUAAGAAGGACGUGAAGCGAGAGAUAGAGUUAGAAGAAAGAGAAAGUAAAGAAAAAGAAUAUUGGCUUGAACGACUUGGAAAUUGGGAUGACGAAGUUGAGAUGGCUAAAGGAGAAGAACCUUAUUAUAGUGAUCGAUCACGAUGGAGAAGAAUGCGAGAAAUUCAACGUAGACGUGAAGAUGAACGUGAUGAAGAGGAUAGACGUCGUGAAAUACAAGAAAUAGAAGAAGAAAGACAAAGACAAGAAGAAGAAGAGAAACAUAUGAGAGAUAAUGGAUAUCUUAAUCGUGAAGGAGAUGAAGGCAAGAUUGCAUUAAAGCCUAAAAAACUUAAUUUCAAUAUACCUAUCAAACGAAAUACAUUGGGAGGAGUCGAUGAUGAUGAAGAAGAAGAAGCUAAAAAGAAACGACGUGUACUUGUACCUUUAGAUUAUGGAGAUAUAGAAGAAACAAAAGAAGAGUUAUCAGCAGAAAAGAGAGCUAAGAGAGUAAAAGAAUUGAUUGAUUCAAUACCUAGUUCACAACAUGAUUUAUGGGCUUAUACAGUUAAAUGGGAUGAAGUAGAUGAGGAAUUAAUUAAUAGUAAAUUACAUCCGUUUGUUUCAAAAAAGAUUGUUGAUUUAUUAGGUAUGGAAGAAGAAGAUUUAGUUAAUUAUGUUCUUCAGUUAGUCAAAGAUAGGAAAACACCCGACGAACUUGUAUCUGAACUAGAAGGGGCUUUGGAUGAGGAUGCAUUAGUCUUCGUGAUGAAGUUAUGGAGAGCACUUAUUUUUGAAACAGAAAGAAAACAUCAAAAAUUGUAA